CUGGGGGCGGCAGGCAGCGGGGCGGGCGCAGGAUGAGGGCGGCCAUUGCUGGGGCUCCGCCGCGGGGAGGAGGACGCUGAGGAGGCGCCGAGCAGCGCAACGCUGCGGGGGAGGCGCCCGCGCCGACGCGGGGCUCAUGGCCAGGACCACCAGCCAGCUGUAUGAUGCUGUUCCCAUUCAGUCCAGUGUGGUGCUAUGUUCCUGCCCAUCCUCAUCAAUGGUGAGGUCCCAGACCGAGUCCAGCUCGGCCCCUGGCAUUCCUAGUGGUGUUAACAGACAGGGACCCACCAUGGAUGGCACCACAGCUGAAGCCCGACCAAGUACCAAGCCCUUGCAGCAGCACCCUGCCCAGCUGCCACCACAACCUCGAAAGAAACGACCUGAAGACUUCAAGUUUGGGAAAAUUCUUGGAGAGGGCUCUUUUUCGACAGUUGUUCUGGCCCGAGAACUGGCUACUUCCAGAGAAUAUGCUAUUAAAAUUCUGGAGAAACGUCAUAUUAUAAAAGAGAACAAAGUCCCAUACGUAACUAGAGAGAGAGAUGUGAUGUCACGCCUGGAUCACCCAUUCUUUGUGAAACUUUACUUUACAUUUCAAGACGACGAAAAGUUGUAUUUUGGGCUUAGUUAUGCCAAAAAUGGAGAGUUACUCAAAUACAUCCGCAAAAUCGGUUCAUUUGAUGAGACCUGUACCCGGUUUUACACAGCUGAGAUCGUGUCUGCUUUAGAGUAUUUGCACGGCAAGGGCAUCAUUCACAGAGACCUUAAACCAGAAAACAUUUUGUUAAAUGAAGACAUGCACAUCCAGAUCACAGAUUUUGGAACAGCAAAAGUGCUAUCCCCAGAGAGCAAGCAAGCUAGGGCCAACUCAUUUGUAGGAACAGCACAGUAUGUUUCUCCAGAGCUGCUCACGGAGAAGUCGGCGUGUAAGAGUUCAGACCUUUGGGCUCUUGGAUGUAUAAUCUAUCAGCUUGUGGCAGGACUCCCACCGUUCAGAGCCGGAAAUGAAUAUCUUAUAUUUCAGAAGAUCAUUAAGCUAGAAUAUGAUUUCCCAGAGAAAUUCUUUCCUAAGGCAAGAGAUCUUGUGGAAAAACUCUUGGUUUUAGAUGCCACAAAGCGUUUAGGCUGUGAAGAGAUGGAAGGGUACGAGCCUCUCAAAGCUCAUCCAUUCUUUGAGUCCAUCACAUGGGAGAAUCUGCACCAGCAGACACCUCCGAAGCUCACAGCUUACUUGCCAGCCAUGUCAGAGGAUGAUGAAGACUGCUAUGGCAACUAUGACAAUCUCCUGAGUCAGUUUGGCUGCAUGCAAGUGUCAUCCUCCUCCUCUUCCCACUCAUUGUCUGCGGUGGAUUCCAGCCUGCCUCAGAGGUCAGGCAGCAACAUAGAGCAGUACAUCCAUGAUUUGGACACUAACUCAUUUGAACUAGACUUACAGUUUUCAGAAGAUGAGAAAAGAUUGUUAUUGGAAAAGCAAGCCAGUGGAAACCCUUGGCACCAGUUUGUAGAAAAUAACCUAAUAUUAAAAAUGGGUCCAGUGGAUAAGCGAAAGGGUUUAUUUGCAAGACGACGGCAGUUAUUACUCACAGAAGGGCCACAUUUAUAUUAUGUUGAUCCUGUCAACAAAGUCUUGAAAGGUGAAAUUCCAUGGUCACAAGAACUCCGACCAGAGGCCAAGAAUUUUAAAACUUUCUUUGUCCACACGCCUAACAGGACGUAUUACCUGAUGGAUCCAAGCGGGAAUGCUCACAAAUGGUGCAGAAAGAUCCAGGAGGUUUGGAGGCAGCGGUACCAGAGCCAUCCAGAUGCUGCUGUGCAGUGACGUGGCCUGCGGCCGGGCUGCCCAUCGCUGCCAGGAUACCUGCCCCAGCGCGGCUCGGCCGCCACCCAGGACGCUUCCAGACAACCUGCCAGCCAUCUCAAGGAGAACAUGGAUGGUGGAAACCUUGCAGCUUUUUUAUUUAAAAGAAAAGAAAAAAAAGAACCCAGCCACACAAAGAACAAAACAAAUAACCAACAAACAGGAAUUCAGGGUCGCUUUGCUUGCUCUCUGUGCUUUGUGGUGGCUUCCAUGCACUGCUGUGGCCAUGGAGACCCAGCUCCUUGCAUGGUAGCCCAGCUUCUGCCCAGGCCAGUGGCCACAUUUGGCAUCACCAGCCCCUCCUAGCAUCCAGAGGAACUGCAUGCCUGCUUCUACCUUUCCCCACCUGAUAAACACAGCUCCUGCUGUGACUGAGG